AUGUCAACUCAAACACCGACCUCCGGCGAAGCAUCAAAGUCAAAUUUGGCCGCGACAGAUGCGUUAGGCACUCCAGUAGACCGAAGCGAAACCCAUGGUCGACGAUUUAAUCUACCGAGCACUUACCAUCCGAAGCACAGGAUAAACAGCUCGGUUGUAUUGCCUUCGUAUCACACAGUGUCUGAACGAGCACGAGCACGCACACGCACACACACCUAUGCGCACGCACAGGAACAUACACAAAUCUCGGAGAGUGCAUAUGAUAGUUUCGUAUACCAUGUCGAACAAUACGCACACUUCUUAUUGACGGGCACCUUCCGCAAGCUGGAUACACUGAGGAAAGCCCAAGCGAAUCUGCCAAUUGCUUCGCAUAAUGACGAAAUAGUGCAGCUACUGAAGUCGAACCAAGUGGUAGUACUUGCGGGAGACACUGGGUGUGGGAAGAGCACGCAGUUGCCCGCGUAUCUGUUGAAGGCGGGCUAUACAGACAUUGCCGUAACCGAACCACGGAGGUUGGCUUGUAUUGCAUUGGCUAAGCGUGUAAGCUACGAGACACUUAAUGCAUUCGGAGAAGGGGAGAUUGCCUAUCAAAUCAGGUUCGAGGGCACAAAAACGAACAAAACGAAAGUUGUGUUCUUGACUGAAGGGUUACUACUGAGACAGAUUGUGGGAGACACUACUCUCUCGCAGUACAAAGUAAUCGUCAUGGAUGAGGUACAUGAGCGGAAUAUCAACUGCGAUUUUCUGCUGGGUGUCAUCAAGUCCCUGUUAUACGGCCGCCCGGAUUUGAAGUUUGUAGUGAUGUCAGCUACCAUCAACGUCGACUUGUUUUCUCAAUACUUCGAUAACGCGCCGGUACUAGAAGUCCCUGGACGCCUGCAUCCGAUAGAGGUGAAGUAUCUUCCACCCAGCGACAUGCCAUCGCAGAGCCGAGGUGCAAAAAUUGACCCCACUCCUUACCUGCGGGUGUUGCAAAUGAUCGAUAUGCAGUUCCCACCUACCGAAAGGGGUGAUGUGCUGAUAUUCCUCAGCGGAAAGUUUGAGAUUCAGACUGUGGGAGAUGCAUUGCGGGGAUAUGCCGAGAAGAACAAUCGUUGGAUUAUACUCACACUGCAUGCCGCUCUCGAACACGACCAACAGGACAAGGUGUUUCACAUACCUCCGGACGGCGUACGGAAGUGCAUACUCUCCACCAACAUAGCGGAGACAUCUGUAACGAUCGACGGCAUACGUUUUGUGGUGGAUUCUGGAAAGGUCAAGGAAAUGGCACACGACGAACUAACCAAAAUGCAGAAAUUACAAGAAAAGUGGAUCAGUCGCGCCAGUGCAGAACAACGGAAAGGGCGUGCUGGUCGUACAGGGCCCGGUAUUUGCUACCGCCUGUACUCGCAGGAGGACUAUAUUGACUUUGAGAAUUACACGGUGCCGGAGAUACAGCGGACGCCUUUGGAAGGUCUCAUACUUCAGAUGAAGGCAUUAGCUGACGACGAUGUUAAUCCACGGCGAUUCGAUUUUGUUGAGCGGCCUUCUGACGAGGCGAUCGAGCGAUCUUUGGAGCGAUUAGUAGAUCAUGGCGCUCUGCUUAUGCACACAGAGCGCAUCUCGAUUUUGGGUCGCGUGCUGGCCCGACUACCUAUUGAUGUCUCUCUGGGUAAGAUGCUUGUCAUGGGCACAACUUUCCAUGUGAGCAGCAACCUGCUAGCCGUCGCCGCGCUCUUUUCGGUUCAGUCUCCCUUUUCGCUGAAUCAUCAACCCAGCUACGGUGAAGAGUACGAUGCCAGACACGAGUUUGAUUCCACCCAGGGAGAUCCCCUGACACUACUGGCGGCAUAUAAUGCCUGGCUGGAGGUAAAACUGAACGGCGAGAAUUCCAAAAAGUGGUGUCAUAGACGUGACCUGGUAUGUCAGUUUUUAGUAAAACGGAUCGCUUGUACAUGGAUCUACGUGUGUGUGUGCCUAUUUUGGCUCCAUAGAGUCGUUGCAUUUGUUUAGUGUAAGUAUAGUUUAAACAUCUGUUGUUUCUUCAUGUGUGAGAGAUAUAUCCGUACAGAUAUAUGCGUGGUGUGUGUCGUGUAUUGUGUGUGUGAAUUGGUACAAAAUCGAAGAAGUGUCGCCUACCGAGCCCUCACGACGGCAAGGAUCAAACUGCUACGCGCCUGAGUGGAUAUACCGAUGGUACUGUCGAAUGGAGCGAAUAAACCGAUGGACUCCGCAGAAUCGUCAAGCGAGAGGACAAGGAAUCAGUUAUCUGGUCUUCGAACUCGGCUAUUCGAAACCCUAUGCGUACUGAUCGACAGGUAGAUUUAUUGCACUGGUUGAACUGAUCUACGUCUGAUGCACUCCAUGCACACUUCUCAGUGCACGACCAUUAAACAGCAGAGCCUAAAAAUGUUCAGACGAUAAGUAUUUAAGGCAAUCAGCGCUAACUGCCAUCGUGAUCUCAACUGCACAACGAUAUGGCGGUAGAUAGUAUUAACCCGGUCAGCUACGAGAAAUUUAUUAAACGGUUCUGGAUUUGCGAAGCCGCUUCCCGACUUGAAUACAAGCAGCAGAGCGUAUGGCCUCGUGUAUGAUAAGAAAUAACCCGA